AUGCGGUAGUAUUGUCAAACAGCAAUGGCAGCCCUGCAGCUAGAAAAGCAGCGAGGCCGAUAUGCUGCCCUCGCCAUCGCUGCAGUGGUGAUAGUGGUGGGGAUCCCUUUAUGGUGGAAGACAACGCAGACGUACCGCGCCUGGCUGCCGUUUUCUGAGAUCAGCGAGCUCGCCACGCUACGGCUCCAGCUAAGUGUUGAUAUAGAGGUGAUCUUCUCUCGGGGCACACUGACCCCAGAACAGCAGAAAAAGGUUCCACUUAGCCAUGUUAAAGAAAAAGAGCAUGAAGUGGAUGGUAAAACAGGUUUGCGGUACAAAUUUGAAACCAAAUACCGCAUUGCCACUAUAAUGGAGGAAGAUGCCUUGAAUCAGCCCAGUGCGGCAGAGGCGGAUCUUUCUCUACAUAUGCUCACAGAAAGUGCAUGUGGAUCCGUGGUUGUGUAUGUGAUCCCGGAGUCCUCCACCUUAUUGCCACAAGACGUGAAAGUAUAUGUUGGGCGACGGCGCACUGCACUGCUUCGUUCCACUACCAUUAGAAGUUCGUGGACUUUAAAGGAGGCCCUUUCUAGUCUGGAUCCACAAGUGGAGCAGAUAGUGAACACCAUGUCCUUCAGUCACCAGGAUAUUAUAGCUGCUUUGAGUGACCGUGUCCGCUUAGCCAAAGUGACUAAGGAGAGUAUGGCAGAUAGCAUGAGGGCCAUUAAAUCCAGUCCGGGCUAUGAGAUCACAUUCAGCCUGCUCAACCCAGACCCAAAGUCACACAAUGUUCAAUGGAAUAUCGAGGGUGCCGUUCAUAGCUACAUUCAACCUCUGCUGAAUAAACUUGCUCCCAUAGCCAACUUUUCUGUUGACUCGCAGAUUCUCUAUUUUGCUGUUCUGGGUGUUAACCCUCGAUUUGACAACAAUGUUUCUGCAUACACACUGAGUGCAGACAGUCUGUCACAUGUCAUUAACCCUGUGGAGGCCAGACUAGGUUCUAAUGCAGCUUCCUCUAACCCCGUAUUGAACUUCCUGCUGUAUGUGCCAGAUGCCCACCAUUCUCCUCUCUUCAUCAAAGACCGCAGCAAACGGGAGGCGCCCUCCAAUGCUUUUCACAGCCCCCGCUGGGGUGGGAUCAUGGUGUACAAUGUGAAUGACAUGUAUGGACCUGAAGCUCAACUUCCUGUAGACAUAAAUAUUAAUAUGGCUAAAGUAAUGGGUGUAUUCUUGGCACAAUUACGACUUAUGUUGGGUGUGCAGCACACGCCUCCCCCUCCAGGUUUCAUGCUCCAGAGUCCAGGCAGUGCUGGAUUGGCUGAUUGGGAGCUGGACCGACUCCUUUGGAGCCGCAGCGUUGAGAACAUAGCCACCGCCAGCACCACCAUCACCUCUCUUGCUCAGCUGCUCGACCAGAUUGGUAACAUUGUCAUCAAUGAUAAUAUCGCUCAGCAGGUCUCCAAUGCAGUGACCUCACUACAGUCUGCUGUCGCCGAGUUGGAGGCUGGGAACUUGGCGUUUGCACUCCAGUACAGCAGGGAAGCCAUUUUGGCCUCAGAGAGGGCCUUUUUCAACCCAUCACUUUUGCAUCUUCUCUAUUUUCCAGAUGAUCAGAAGUUUGCCAUCUACAUUCCUCUUUUCUUACCCAUGUGUGUACCUAUUGUACUCUCGUUGCUGAAAAUUGGGAAAGAAACUAAGCGGAUGCGAGCAGAAAAGCAAACCAAAAAUGACUGAGAAGAGGGUGCAUGCACACAGACAGCUGCACUUGCAAGAGUGAUGUGGUUUUACAAAUUCUUUAAAAGACAGCAUGUGUACAUUUUAUAUUUAUUAUGUCGGGGUGUAGCAGAGUCAUCAAAUUAGAAAAAUAUUGUGAUGCUACAUUGAAGUGUGUCAUGGUGUGAAUUCUGGGAUGCUGCUUCGGUUUUACCAGAGCUAUGCUGAAAUAUUUGAAUGAAAUGAAAAAUUAUUCUGUUUGCAGUCUGUAACACUGGAUAUUUCUGUUUUAUUAUUAUAUUUUUUAUUCAUUUUGAGUAAUGUUGUUAUCAAAGCCAUAACCCAAAAUAAAUUUCUACCUAAAAAAUUAUCAAAAUAACCAGAAAUGUUUUUUUUAAUUAGCUUAUUUACAUUUUUCUUUAUUGUUAAUAUAUAUUUUUUAUAGCAGCCUGUGUUAUUUACUACAUUAUGCAAAUUUUGUAGUACGAGGUAGUGUCAUACAUUUUUGUCCAAGAAUCCCACAGUUUGA